CGCCAUCCACCCGCCGCCGGAAUGUGGACGACGCUGGCCCGGCCCUGAGGCGUCUGCGCGGCCCGCUGAGUCCUUCUCGCCCGGCCUCCCGCUCCUCUGCGCAGGGCGCCGGUGGCGGAGGACGGGCUGGAGAAAGCGUCAGAGCGGGGAGGACGGCCCGGCUGCCACCGGUUCUUGUGGCAGGAGGGGAAUACUGACUUGAGAUGGAAGUCAGAUCAUCAUUUAGCAAAGGCAGCAGGAUUCCUGAAACUGUAUCCACGUUAAUAAAUAAAGAAUUUGUCCUGGUUCAUCAGCAAUCUGAGGACACCCCUGGAAAAGAAGAAAAACCUCAGCUAAAGGUGUUUUCAAAUGGAGAUGAUCAGCUGGAGAAGGCAAUGGAAGAGAUACUGAGGGAUUCUGAAAAAGACCAGAACAAUUUCACUGUUCUCCAAGAGGGUUCCAGUGAUGCAAGCAGCCAGGCAGCUAGAGAUAUGACAGCAGGUCAAACAACUCAGCCAUCUUUGCACCUUGUUUUAGACCCUUCUACUACAGAAGUCUCUGCACCAAGGCCAUUGUCUGCCAGUCAACCUUUGGAAGAGGAUAGUGUGCUGUUUAACAAACUGACUUAUUUAGGUUGUACAAAGGUGUCUGCCCCUCGAAAUGAACUGGAAGCUCUCCAUGCUAUGGCAAACAUGAAGUCCUCCAGUCAAGCCCCUUUACCUGUAACGCUUUAUGUUCCGAACAUUCCAGAAGGUUCUGUAAGAAUAAUUAAUCAAUUGAACAAUGUGGAGAUAGCCUCUUUUCCAAUCUAUAAGGUGUUGUUUUGUGUGCGUGGACAAAAUGGAACUUCAGAGAGUGACUGUUUUGCAUUUACUGAAAGCAGCUGUGGAACAGAAGAGUUCCAGCUUCAUGUUUUCUCCUGUGAGAUUAAAGAGGCAGUCAGCCGAAUUUUAUAUAGUUUCUCCACAGCAUUCAAACGUUCUUCCAAGCAAGCAUCUGAUCACGUUAAGGACUUUGUUCUUCCAACUCCAGAUAGUGAUGUGUACACUUUCAGUGUUUCCUUAGAAGUCAAAGAAGAUGAUGGAAAAGGAAAUUUUAGCCCUGUGCCAAAGGACAGAGAGAAAUUGUAUUUCAAGCUUAAACAGGGAAUUGAGAAGAAAGUGGUGAUUACAGUUCAGCAACUGUCCAACAAAGAAUUGGCCAUUGAAAGAUGCUUUGGAAUGCUACUAAGCCCUGGACGAAAUGUGAAGAACAGUGAUAUGCAUUUACUAGAUAUGGAAUCCAUGGGAAAGAGUUCUGAUGGGAAGGCGUAUGUAAUUACUGGAAUGUGGAAUCCUAAUGCACCCAUGUUUCUGGUACUUAAUGAGGAAACUCCUAAAGAUAAGCGUGUGUUCAUGACUGUGGCAGUAGAUAUGGUUGUUACUGAAGUAGUAGAGCCAGUCCGUUUUUUGCUGGAGACUGUUGUGCGUGUGUACCCUGCCAACGAACGCUUCUGGUACUUCAGCAGGAAAACCUUCACAGAAACGUUUUACAUGAAGCUAAAACCGUCUGAAGGAAAAAACCAUGCAAGUGCUGGGGAUGCUAUUUAUGAAGUUGUUAGUCUACAAAGAGAAUCUGCAAGAGAGGAAGAGUUGGUCAGCCCAACAAGUGGAGGAGGGCCUAUGUCAUCCCUGGAGGAUGAAGCAGAAGAAGAGAGUGAUAAUGAACUCUCCAGUGGCACUGGUGAUGUGUCAAAGGAUUGUCCUGAGAAGAUUUUGUAUUCCUGGGGAGAAUUACUGGGGAGAUGGCAUAAUAAUCUUGUUGUGAGACCAAAUGGAUUAUCUACCCUGGUGAAACGUGGUGUUCCAGAAGCUCUAAGGGCAGAAGUUUGGCAGUUGCUGGCAGGAUGCCAUGACAACCAGGCCAUGCUGGAUAAAUACAGAGUUCUCAUCACAAUGGAUUCUGCUCAAGAAAGUGUCAUUACACGAGAUAUUCAUCGUACAUUUCCAGCACAUGAUUAUUUCAAAGAUACAGAAGGAGACGGCCAGGAAUCUCUAUACAAAAUCUGUAAGGCAUACUCUGUCUACGAUGAAGACAUUGGCUAUUGCCAGGGACAGUCUUUCCUUGCAGCUGUACUUCUGCUUCAUAUGCCAGAGGAGCAGGCAUUCUGUGUAUUUGUGAAAAUAAUGUAUGACUAUGGCUUGAGGGACCUCUACAGAAAUAACUUUGAAGAUCUCCAUUGCAAGUUUUUCCAGCUGGAGAAGUUAAUACAGGAGCAGUUACCAGACUUAUAUAGCCAUUUCUCAGACCUCAAUUUGGAAGCUCAUAUGUAUGCAUCCCAGUGGUUCCUCACUCUUUUUACUGCCAAGUUUCCACUCUGCAUGGUCUUCCACAUCAUUGACUUACUACUUUGUGAGGGUAUGAACAUAAUCUUCCAUGUAGCCUUGGCUCUCUUAAAGACCUCAAAAGAAGACCUUCUACAAGCUGAUUUUGAAGGAGCUUUAAAAUUCUUCAGGGUUCAGUUGCCCAAGAGGUACAGAGCUGAAGAGAACGCCAGAAGACUGAUGGAACAAGCUUGCAACAUAAAGGUGCCAACAAAAAAGCUGAAGAAAUAUGAGAGAGAGUACCAAACCAUGCGGGAGAGUCAGCUGCAGCAGGAGGACCCUAUGGACAGAUACAAGUUUAUAUGUUUGUAGGUAACUCUCCUGCUGUUGCACUUUUACGGGAGAUCUUCAUGAGACGCAGAAACAAAGGGUGAUUCUCAGCUACAGACACAAAAAGGAGAAAAUACACAUUGUUCUAGCACGAGCUGUGUGCAGUGGCAUCCACAGAGACUUUUGGAAGAUGAACUCUUCCUUGACUGAUACGAUCCUUGUUAUUCAUCUCUGUCUAUACCGAGUGUUAGUAGUUUUUUGAUAAUAUAAUGCCUACUGUGGUUGGGCCCAGAGCCGUCCUGCGGCCCCCAAGGUACUACUGCAAUAGAAUUAAUAGUGAUAAAUAUCCUGCUUCAAAGCAGCAGAGAAGUGAAGGUUCAGUUAUGGAUACGACAGCUUGAUAGUUCACCAAAAAAGAACAUUUUGGAUCACCGUUGCUUGUCUUUCCAGUGUAUUUGCUUUUAUUGUCACUGCUACAUUCUGUUGCCAUAGAUUUUUGUGUGGUGGAGGCUCUGCCUCUAGAAAUAUAUUUCACGUAGCGUUCAGGAUCCAUUUAUUGCUUACUCUGUUUUGAAAAAUCCAGUUUUCUUUAGGUGAAGCUGCCAGAGAUGAAACACUUGGGUGCCCAUUGCCCGGGUUACCUGGGAACUGACACUGUUACAUAUUCCUAUUCUGCUGUUCUUCAUUGUACCUUCAUAUGUUAAGUUGGUGUGGAGUCUCCUAGGAGUGUGGAGUAGUAGUUAAUCACACAGGGUACAACAGGUUUGUGUGGUCCAUAAGGAAAGCUGGAGGUGCAGCAUGUCCAGAAAGCCACAGUAUGAAAAUGUGGUGACAGACUAUGCCCAGAUGGAGUUACGGGUACAGAUGAAGGAAAACUUUUAGGUUUUUUUAAAGAAAAAGUAUUUACCUGUGAAAAGUUGCAUUUUGAAAUGUCAAAGGGCGCAGAUUUGAUUAUUUGUGAGAGCUGGGCCUGCUGUGGCAGCCAAGAACCACUGGUGAGUAUGACCUAUUUUAAAAACCCCACAACUUCCUUCUGACUAAAUGUUUCCAGUGGUGCACUUACAGUACUGUGGAAUUAAAAUAGACUUAGCAAAUAAGUAAGGUCCCUUUAAAGCUUUGCAGAAGCAUAUUAACUGGUUAAUCUUGGGCGAUGGACAGAGAAGAGCACAAUCUCCAAGCUGCAAGUGAGGAUAUAGGAAGUGACUCUCUGGCCACUGUUUAUGUGAGUCGCUAUCACAGUGAGAUCACAGACUGGGGUUUUGGGUUGUGUUUUUGCAAUGCACUGUGUGAUUGGCUGUUAUUAAACCCGAUUGAGUCUGAUCCUCUUAGUAAUGCUGGGAUUAGAGUCCCUGUAACUGGUUAGUUGCACAUUGAGUUCAAAGUUUAUAAACAUUCUUCAGCUGAUGGGUGUCCUGGAGAAGUGCUUGUGAGUGCUCUCUGUUCCUUGUCUUGCUUAUUGGAUGUUAUUGAUGUGUCAAGCUGAGGCUGGUAGGAAUCAACAUUUCGAGAGUGUUUCCAAAGGGCAGCAUGAGACACAAACUGUGGAUCCUCAUGGGCAGAAAUAGGACAGCUAACUUCGCUUGUCCCUUAAGUGAUCAUGUUGCAGCCUGUGUGUUUAGAAAUGUGUUUUAUUUGGGCAGCAUCAGUGCUAGACUCUGCCUAGCGGUGCUUGGUCUGGGAAAGGGCUGUGGCUACACUGCUGACCAGUGUUGUAGUGUGGUUGUUAGCUCCCUCCAGCCCCGUGUGUUCUCCAGGGGGGCUGUGCCCUGAAGACCUGCAUCAUUGGCAUUUUUACAGUUUCCCUUCCCAGAAUAAAAUGAAAUCUUGGUUACUGCCCAGGAGUGGGGUGUUUUUUGGAUGGGAUCGCUGGACUGGGGAUCCCUGCAGAAUCUUCCUCUUUUAGGUCAAGAAGGCUUUCAGUCUGUUGAUAGUUUUUAGUUACAGGUGUUAGGGUUUUUGUUGUUUGCAAUGUGUUGCAGUUUUUAAUCCCAACAGGAAUUUGUCAGCACCACAGAGACACUGUGUUGGCAGUGAUGAAGGAUGGCUUGUAACCUGCCUGUAACCUGGCCCUCAGUAGAGCUGUCCUGAUGGACUGUUGAGAGUAGGAGACAUGCUGUGCAUUGUGCUGGGGUGGGAGCAGCUGUAGUGCACUGCCUCCUCCUCCUCCCAGUCCACUCAGUGCAGAGGCGGCUCAGGGGAGCGGGCCCAGCUAUUGCCUGUGGAUCUAACCUCCUGGGCAUCCAGUGGAGCCCAGGACCCAGCCAGGGCAGCGUGAGGACAUGGCACACUUCUGCCUGUCCUCCCCAGCACUGAGGCCUAGUGUGCUGCCCAGCAUGAAGCCCCUGUGCAUCAUCACCAGGACAAAGGGCAGCCAGGCACCCACGGACCCUCUGUAGCCUCCAGACAAGGGCUGGCUUUGCAGUGGCUGCCCUGCCUUAACCACUCACUUGACAGGUUAAAUUCCCGUGCCACUGGAGUUCCAGCCCAGCCCCUGUUUUACGUGUUGAUGGUGGUUCAACUUGCCAAAAGGACAGCAUUAAAUAGUGCCAUUAUAGUGAAUGGGGUUUUUUUUCCUUCUAUAUUUACAAGUAUUAUUUAGGAAAAGUGGAUUUUUUUAUGGGCACCUUUCAUUUGCUUUUUUCCAUUGCAUGUAACAUUAUCACUCACAUUUUUGUCAAGUACAAAAGUAUGUUCUAAAUUGCUGUUUAUCACUAAGCGUCAUGACUUGGUUAAAUUACAAAUUCCCUAGAGAAGCCAGGCAGAAGAGUGAGUUGCAUGUGCAGAAAAAAUAGCAAUGUAGUUCAGAUCGAUAUUUUUCUAUAUAUUUUAUAUAUAUGUAUAUUAUGAGGGUUUUUCCUGUGUUUGAGAACACCUCAUGUAACAGGAUUUCAGCUGACUUGCUGAGAAAAUGCUGCAGUUGGGUUUGGGACUGCUUGGCCUAACAUAAAGAGGAUAUAAGCAGAGGAAGGAAGGCUGGUGUUCCACAAGCAGACCCUGCUUGUACACAUAGUUGGGUUCUGAGGGUAGAAAGGCCUUUUCCUGUGUAGGCCUGAUUGUGCAACAAAGUUGUCUCUCUGAAUAAAUGUUUCAUUUGGACAUAAUAGCCUUUUGAAUGUUUGAAGUGGAAGCAAAAAUUAACACACUGGUAAUUUUUACUCAGAGUUGUGGUAACUGAAUGGUAACUGUCAUGAGAAAAACUGUAAGAUAACGCUUGACGUGGGUCGUUGUUUGUUUGUACGUUCUUUAAAAGUGUGCUGGGGUGCUUUUGGGAAUGCUUCGUCAGAGUCAACAGACAGAAAACACAGACCACCUCCAGGAGCAUCUGCCAUGCUUCCCAUAUGAGGUUUUCUGGGAUAGUUUGCUGUAAAAGCCUUUUGGGUUUCUGGGUGGAGGUUCACAGGGUUUCCUUCGGUGCUCCUCUGCAAUCAAGAGCCCUUUCUGAGGGGCUUAGGAAGACUUUGGUUUACUCACAUCCAGAAAAGUGAAUUUUAACCCAUGUUUUCAUUCCACCCUUGAGGAUCUGUUUGUGCCCAGAGAUCUGGGGUUUGGGUGUUGGCUCAUCAGAAAAUGUGAUGCUGAAUUGCUUAACAAGGUUUGUGACUCGUCCCACCCCACUUGAGUAGCAGCACAGAGAGGAUGCAUCAUCACCACUAAUCUUGGUAGGAGUUGCUCCUUGGGGCCCGCUGGAAGGGAGCAGGGGGUGGAGUUCAGCCUUCCUGAGCUGAGGCUUUCACAUUUGCCUUUUUCUUCCUGUCCUGUGUGUGAUGGAAGCUGGAUUUUAUCCCCUUUAAAACUCAGAACCAAAAAUCCACUGAAGAAUCAGAAACAUUUUUUCCAGGGGAGGAGCUGUCUUUGCUGGUAUUAAAAAUUAUUUUAUAUCCUGUUUUCACUGUCU